GGGGUUUUCUUUCAUUUUCUUUUCCCUAGAGUUUCCUACGCGAACUGUUCGGUCCCAACUCCCUCCUGCAUAGCGAGUACUUUUUUCCCCGACGCCUCACUGGGACUUCCACUCCCCACAUUACCCAUUUAUUCCCUAUAGUUCAAUUAUCACAUGCGAAACCGUCAUGCCCAACACGAGCAGCUCCCAGUCUUCUCUCGCGACCUUUAUUAGCAAUCCGUUUCUUCAGACCUACACCUUUUUCUAUCUGAUUCUCCAAAAUAUCCUCAAUUGGGUCUUUGCUCCGAGUCCCCCGCCGUCGAGCCCAAUUGUCAAUGAUUUCCCCAGGAAGAGAGUCGCAGUAAUUGGAACUGGUCUGACGGGGGUGUCUGCAGCUGCGCAUUGUGUCGGCCAUGGCUUCGACGUUCAGUUGUUUGAAGCUAGACCCAAAGAUAAGGGUCUAGGCGGUAUCUGGAGCCGAGUCAAUUCGACUUCAUCGCUUCAAAUUCACAGCAUUAUGUACCGUUUCCACCCAUCGGUGCAAUACGAUACUGCUUAUCCCACCCAAGAAGAGGUCCGCGACCAGAUCGUCGAUGUAUGGAAGCGGUAUAAGCUUGAAGAUCGUACCGUUUUCGACACCCUAGUCCAGUCCGUCAAACAGACCAGGACCGGUAAAUGGAUAAUCAACAAUGACGAAGACCAAUGGGGCCAGUUUGACGGUGUCGUCGCCUCUGUUGGAGUCUGCGGUGACCCGAAGAUGCCUACUCUGCCCGACCAAAAACACUUUGGAGGCGCGAUUUACCAUUCAUCAGAGCUGGACGGCAAAGACGUCAAGGACAAGAAGGUGCUCAUUGUUGGUGGCGGUGCAAGUGCUAUUGAGGCCCUGGAGUUUGCUGUUAAGUCUGGCGCUUCUGAGAUCGAUGUUCUAUCACGUUCCGACAAAUGGAUCAUUCCGAGAAACGUUUGGGUUCAGUCUCUUCUGGCAAUGAAUAUUUUCGGCCAAGAGACGUUCUUAUCCUGGAUCCCGGAAAGCCUCCUGCAUAAGUUCUUCUAUCGCGACCUCCAAGACAUUGCACCCUCUGGUGGUCUUUUUACAGAGACUCCGAUGGCAAACAGUGAACUCUUCGAUCAAAUUCGCGAGGGCAAGGCUCGCUGGCUUCGAGGUGAUGUCGUGUCUGUCAAGGAAGAUGGUAUCUUGUUCAACUUCAGGAGCAAGGGGGUUCCAAAAGGUGGCCCUGGGCGCGAAUCCGUGGUCCCAGGCGAAGUUAUUAUUAUGGCAACCGGUUUCAAGCGCCCCUCUCUUUCUUUCCUUCCUGAAGACGCCUUCAAGGAUCCGUAUGGCCCGCCUAGCUGGUAUCUCCAAGUAUUCCCUCCGAUGUACCCCACAAUCUGUGCCAACAAUAGUACCUAUGUCAACGCAAUCGGCACUGUUGGAAAUAUGCACAUUGGCAUAUAUACACGGUUCUUACUCAUGUUCCUCGUCGACCCGCUGUCGCGCCCUACUGAAGGGCGCAUGAAGACCUGGAUUGACUUCACCCGCUUCAUGAAGCGCCUCUCUCCUGUCGGCGCCUUCGACUUCUUCACAUACACUGAGUUGAUAUACUGGUUUGUGUUUGUCAUUCUUGUCAACCCCUUCCGUUGGAAGUGGGCGCCCUUCGUUUUGUUUGGAAUUGGUAGAGCUCUACCAGCCCAGGUGGUGAAGCAGGAAGAAGCAUUCCGCAACACUUUGAGGAAACAGCACUCCAAUUAAAAAAAAAAUUCGAGAUUAUGAAAUCAGAACAAUCUCUACUGAUUGUCCGCUGAGCUCCAGACAAAGGCGAGUAUGUGAAAAAGGCAGUCUGAAAAACCGGCUAUGACUAUCUCAAAAUAUAAUGAACAUUGUAUACGAACUAUUCUAUAGACUGACAUGCCCCAAUGACAUCCCAAACAGUUGUGUUCUCUGCUCUAUGUAACCUUAAGUUCCUGAACAUGGUUAUUCAAAACAUCAACAACCCCCUCCCGUGCCCCAUUCGCAACCCGAUAGUUAUAGUUGAAAAACCCCUUCUCCUCCGCCCACAUAAUCGGCCACAGGGCAAAGACUCCAAUGAUAGAAAACAAGCUAGCGAAUGCAUGCCACAUCGCAACAAGGAGGCUCCCUCCGAACGGCAUAACAAAUUUGAUAAACUCCUGCGGCUGGUAAAAGUCUUCCUGCUUCUGGAUGUAGUACCGUUUGGUACCGUCACCUCUCGCCG